UUUAAGCCGGAAAGACGUCUGCGUGGAAUCGUCUGAGCAGCUUUUAGUUUUACACCGCUUACGUCUGCGGUUGCGUCGCCUAAGCUCACCAGUUAACCAGUUUCGAGUCUCGAGUCGAAUUUCGCUUUCAGUUUUGUUUGCGACACGCGGGGAAAAAGAAGCACUGGCGGCCACCAAAAAGUGCAGUGAGCGACGUGCGAAGACAGUUUUGCCCGAGCUUAUGAAUCGCUGACGUGAGCAGCGGGAUUUUCCACACUUUCCCCACCACCGGAGCCACCGUAACCACCGCACCACCGAAAUGCAAUUGCUAUGGGAGCCGCGAAGUGUGCAAUGGAAAAUUGCAAUUCUAAUUAUCGCAUUAGUCUUCGACGUGUCGUGCAUAAGAAAUGGCAGCGGUGAUGAAAAGCAGUUAUCCGUGAAGCUGAAAAACUUUUUUCCCUCGGAGCAAGUGGCAGAAGCUCAAAACCCACCAGAUACUUCAGCCAGGGUGACUUCAGGCGGAGGAUUCAGACCCUCUCAAAUGUUGGAAUUUACCCCCUCGGAUGUGAUGCCCCAAGCAGGAUUCAAUCGCUAUCCCCCAAGUUAUUUGGAGCCGAACUACAAGCACCAAGUGCCCAACUCACUGGGACAACAAUCGACGUUGGACAAACAGUUCUCCUUUCCCGAGGAACCGCACUCGGUUUUCCAGAGCACACCGCUGCCCACAACGCCGGUGGUUAGUUACUUGGACCCGUACACCCAGCAGAACUACCGCUACACGCCCACUCCGCCCACCAUAAUUCAGUAUCAGAGGGAGCAGCCUGCUCAAGACGAUCAGGUUUACACCGUGCAAUCGUCCUUGAUGGUGGGCAGUCACCAGCAGAACCACCAGCUGAACCACCAGCAGAACCACCCACAAUCGCAUCCUGGUCACGUGGAGGAUGUGUAUCUCAAGCGACCUGGCUACGUCUUCGAUGAGAGCCCCGCCCCCUCGUACCGUCGACCCACCAGGCCGCCGCCCUCACUCCCUGCCCCGCCCACCACCGCCUCGCACAAAAUCUCCUACGACAGCCACGACUACCCGCCUCCCAGUUACGCCGCCGAGCAGACCUCCAAUUUCGUGCCCCAGCAGCCAAAGCAGCGACCACUCUACCAACGCCAAGACACCAAUGCGAAUCGAGGGGGAGCCACUGGAUUGGGUGGAGCAGGUGGAGUGGGUGGAGCUGGGGGAGCGGGAUCGUCUAAUUAUGCAAACAACUUUGAUAAUUAUUCGCAGCGGCCGAACCCACAGCAGACUCAGAUAGCAAACCCCAACCAGGUACAGACACAAUUCGGCAACUAUCAAUACAGCCCCCAGAGCGGAGGAGGAGCAGGAGGUCCAGUGGAAGGACCAGGGAGACCAGGAUUCGGACAACCCCAGCGGCCCAGACCGGGACACAAUUACUACGAGUACCAGAUUGGCGAGAUACCGCCGCCGCCACCGCAGUCGCAGCACUUCCAGCAGCCGCAUCCACAGCAGCAGUUCAACUAUCGUCCUGCCACUCAGUCACCGGGUGGCGGAGCAGGAGGCGGAGUGGGCGGAGUGGGUGGUGGAUUGGCCACCCUGGCCUCGCUGUACGCACCACAAUUUACGAAUCUCCUCCUGGGCGGCGGUGGCUCCCCAGCCGCGUCCUCGCAGUCGGCCAGCCCAUUAGGCAGUCUCCUCGGCGCUUUUGCCGGGACACAAGGAGCAGGAGCCCCAAGUGGGGGAGUGGCAGGACGACCGCCCAACACACAACUCAUUAGGGCACUGGAGAACAUCGCUCGCAACGACGAUUUGCAGUGCGUGCCCAAGGUGCUCUGCCAGAUGAUUGCCGGUCAAACGUUACGUGGCCAAUUGCCCGGAUUCGUUACCUCCCCGGCCAUAACCAAUUUCCUGGCCGGAUUCCCUGUGGCUUCACCUGCCCUAAUUUAUGGAAGGGCUGCCCUUCUUGGCUUGAGUGGAGGAGAAAGGAGUUGUAUUCAGACCUAUGAGAAGUGCCCUAAAAAUGAUAUGGAAAUCAUUCACUAUUUGAACAACCACCGCGGCGGCUUCUUCAAGUUCUUCAGCGAACCUGAGGAGAAGCCGGUGGCCUCCCAGCAAUCUGAUGGCGGUUCGGGAUCCCUGUUCAGCAUCCUCUCAGCUCUCACCGGAGGAGGAGGAGGAGGAGGUGGUCAGAGUUACACCACUCCGAGACCCGUUCCCCGACCCACCCAGCGACCCUCCACGGAUAUUGCCAGUGGAAUCGGAAGCUUCUUCACGCAGGUGCUAUCCGAAUACCUGAAUGGUGUGGAAUACCAAAGAAGGAGGAGGAGAAGGAGCCUCGAUCUGGAUGACGACUUCCAUGACGAGGAGGACAACCUGGACACCCAGACGAGUCAGCUGGUGAAGUUUCAGGAUGAUGAGGAGGAGGAGGCAGCCAAGGCACACACCGAAUUGAUUGGGGUACUGCAAUUCCCAGAGGACGAGGGUGAAGGUCGGGUGGUCAACUUCAAGGAUAUUCAGAGCGAGGAACAACACGACGAAGGAUCUGUUCGAUUUCCGGAUGCCACACCAGCGGAUGUCAUAAGGGAGUUCAAUCGAGAUGCCGCCCAAAGAAAGCUAAGGUUUCCUCAGGAUCAAGAGGAAACCGCCAAAAAUGUGAGAAAAGCCAAGAGUGUAUCCUUUAUGGACGGGUGGAAAGUUGUCCUGCCCAAUGGCCUAUCCCAAUCUGAUUUAGGAGUGGACAAGCGUAGAGGAAAAAGGAUUGUGUUUAGGGACACCAACGAGCAGCUGGAUGAGCAGAGGUUGCAGGAGGAAAGGAUUCGGGAUGAGGAACUAUUUAGGGAGGCUGAACUGAGAGAAGAAAGAUUUCUUGAGGAACAAAUCAGGGAGCAACAAAUAAGGGAUGAGCUUUUCCGCGAAGAACAAAUCAGAGAAGAACAGCAACGGGAAGAACAGCUCAGAGAAGAGGAAAUUCGUGAGGAACAAAUUCGGGAGGAGCAACUCCGAGAAGAUCGAAUCCGGAGAGAGCAGCUCCAGAUUCUCCGCAUUCGAGAGGCACAAAACAACCAGCAAUCCUUCAAAGAGGAAACCCCUCCUCCAAAUGCGGUUUACGAAGAUGCAGCUCCUCCGCAACGUGGAGCUCGAGUCAUUUUCCCCGAUCACUACGAACAGCACAUUCGGAAGGGAAAGAUCCUGAAUCGACCCACCUAUGCUCCCACCUACGAGUAUAAUGAAGUUGGGGAGCCCAAGGAGGAUAGAUUUGUGGUUAGCAAUGAGCACAGACCGCAAAACAACUACCGAUGAGGGGGAUUCAACUCCCUCAAUUACGGCGAAUAUAUGCCGGGAAACACGGUUCGUUUUGUAGAUCCAACAAGCGAGAGACCCCACUACAAUUACCCAAACUCAAACUACAUCAGCGAUAAUCGAUACGGAAGCAGUCAAAGCCAAAAACCCCACUACGAAGAUGACAAAAAUAUAUAUGUGACCAACUCGCAGGGAGUCAACGAGUACUACAUUCGUCCCGAUGGCAGUAAGGUUUAUCUAAAGACAGGUUAGGCUUAAAAAAUAGUUGAAUUUAAAUGGAUACUUAAGAAAGUUACUUUGUUUUAGCACGCUAACCCUAAAAUCUACAGCAUUUUAAAAUUGUAAAUAACUUUAAAUGUCAUCCUUGUGAAUUUAGAAAGCCCUAUAUUUGUAGUUAAAUUAGACAAAGCCUCUCUUUAAAUUACUACAAAUUUUAUAAUUUAUAAACCACCUAUGUUUAACAUUGAUUUAAGUUCCUUUUUUUGGCGCUUGAACAAAUUGCACAGAGGCACGCCACAACUUUAGUCACAUAAGUCUGUAAAUAUUUAACGCUUUAAACAAAUAUUUAUUAAUAAAACACGAUUCA